AUGAGAGUCCUCUGCGUUGCAGAAAAACCAUCCAUUGCCAAAGCUGUUGCGCAACAUCUCUCGGGCGGCCGUUCCCAGACUCACAACAGUCGGAACAAAUACAUCAAGAACUAUGUCUUCGAUUACGACUUUGGCCAAGAAUGGGGCAACUGUACUGUUACCAUGACUUCCGUCCUCGGCCACAUCACCGAACUGGUAUUCCCCUCCGAAUACAAGGACUGGCGCCAUCCACCCCCGGAGCGCCUUUUCGAUGCGCCAGUCAAUACUGUGAUUUCCGAGGACAAAACCGACAUCGCCAACAACAUCGAGCAGCAAGCGAGGUACGCUCAGGCCCUUUGCAUCUGGACGGAUUGUGAUCGCGAGGGCGAGCAUAUUGGCCAUGAAAUCUGCGAAGCCGCAAAGAAGGGCAACAAUCGACUUCAGAUCAAGAGGGCAAAGUUCAGCAACAUUGAAAGAGCGCACAUUCUCAAUGCCGCCAGGAACCUGAUAAUGUUGGACGACAAGCAGGUGAAUGCAGUCUCCGCCAGGAUUGAGUUGGAUCUCAGAAUCGGAUUUGCCUUCACAAGAUUCCUGUCGAAUAACCUGAAGCCCUUGGGUGGGCCCCUGGCGAACCUCGUCCUCAGCUACGGAUCAUGCCAAUUUCCCACACUGGGAUUCGUAGUGGACAGAUACUUUCGGGUCAAGAACUUCAGGCCGGAGCCAUUCUGGAGCAUCAAGGUGAUGCACAGAAGAGAUGGCAUCGAUGUUAACUUCACCUGGUCACGCCAUCGCCUCUUUGACCGGGCCUCGGUAAUCGUCUUAUACGAAAGAUGCCUCUUAGCCAAAAUGGCCCAUGUGACCAAGGUUCAGGAAAAGCCGACCAAGAAGUGGAGACCCCUUCCACUUACUACCGUGGAGAUGCAGAAAAUGGCAACCCGCUUUCUACGCAUGUCGGGUCAACAAGCGAUGGAGGCGGCUGAAAAGCUAUACAACAAGGGCUUUAUUAGCUAUCCCAGGACGGAGACGGACCGCUUCGAUAUAGGCAUGAAUCUGCGGGACCUCGUCCAGAAGCAGGCAGUGGAUAACCGAUGGGGCCAAUUCGCCCAAGGUCUCGUGGAUGGAGGCUUUCAGCAACCAAGGCAGGGGCGCCAUGACGACAAAGCUCACCCUCCCAUCCACCCCAUCAUUAACGCCACCUCGAGUGUUCUCGAUAAUGAUUAUGAGCGCCGGGUGUAUGAGUUUGUUGUGCGGCGUUUCCUGGCCUGCUGCUCGGAAGAUGCCAAGGGCAUGGCAACAGACAUUGAUAUCCUGUACGGGGAGGAAUUAUUUCAUGCGCACGGGGUUAUCGUGCUGGAACGCAAUUACUUGGAUGUCUAUGUCUAUGAGAAGUGGACCGGGACGGCGAUAUUGCCAAAGUUCAGCAUGGGCGAGCGCUUUGAACCCUUUGAGGCUCAUAUCACCGAAGGAAAAACAGUAGCUCCGAGUUACUUGACGGAAGCUGACUUAAUUUCGCUCAUGGAUGCCAAUGGGAUUGGAACCGACGCUACAAUGGCGGAACAUAUACAGAAAAUCCAAGACAGAGAGUAUGUGGCCACGGUACCCAGGACACGCCGUCAGGGGGUUGAAGAGGAGGAAUUCGACGAGCAAUCACCAGCGCAAGGUGGCCGUGGAGGCCGCGGCAAUCGCGGUGCUAGUCGUGGACGAGUCGGGGCAGUUGUGUCAAGGGCCAGAGGGGGAGGCGGGGUGAUGGAAUUCAUUCCAACCAGACUGGGCGUGGCACUAAUCGAGGGAUUUGACAGGAUGAACUUUGAAACAAGUCUAGGCAAGCCUUUCCUGCGGAAAGAGAUGGAACUAAAGAUGAAGGCCGUAUGCGAAGGUCGUACAUCUCGGCAAGUAGUGCUUAACGAAAGUAUUGAUCAAUACCGCCAGGUAUACUUCCAGUCGCAGGAGAAGCUGAACGUUCUCAAAGCUGCAUGCCGAGAAUACAUUUUCCAAAAUAACGGUGGUUGA